AUGAAGUCCCAUUUCAAGUAUGUAUCGGAAAGUGCACGAAGCAGCCAGAAAUUAACGUUGAUCGAAUAUAACGCUGAAAAUAAGAUUUUCAAAGCGCUGCAGCUACGAAAUGCCUGUGAAAUGAAAAUGGGUAUCAGGCGGAGAGACGGUCAUUAUUUUUUCGUAGAAGAAGUAGUUUGGAUGGUCGAAACUGGCUUGGCUGUUGUUCUUCAUCGUGGAAUGCAAUUGUCUGUACAAGAAUGCUAUAGACUGCUUGGGAUAUUUCUAAUUACACCCGAAAAAUUUUUCGUUUACUCAUACUUGAAACGUGCUGGCUAUGUCAUAGUACCUUAUAGGGCUUUCGGAAUCUCUAUAGAUAGCGAUAAUGAUGAGCGAUGGGAGUCUGCACCAAAAUUUCUGUUUCCUGUUCAUCUUUUGGAUCAGUUUCCCACGGACAAGUCGAUGAAAUUGACAGUAACUAAUUUUCACCAUAACGCGAAAUUAGUAGAAGUAUUUGGUAUAUCUGAAGAUUUCCCUACUUCAAACAUCGAAUCAAUUCAAUGGAAUAAGCAUAGUGAAGCCCAAAGGAAUAUGAAAGAAAUCUUAAGGCCUCAUUACUGGCCAAGAUUCGAUCAGUUCUCCAUUCAUGUCCCCACUUGGUCGGAUUACCGCAAAGAGCGAGCAAAGAUAUUGAAACUAGGUUCUGUAAACGAUAUCUCAGAUUCAGUUCACUUGCCUAUUGAUUAUGAUAUUUAUGCAGGAGAUGGUACAUUUUGUCGUAAUCGUUCGCCAAAACCAAUAUACCGAUUGUUGGUUGUGGAUGUUCGUUUUCCAUUUCCAUCCGUUUCUGAUUUGCAUUGGUUAAGUUCAAAGAUUCUUGAAGGGAGAUUGCUAAUAGCUGUUGUUCAACAAGCUGCCGUUGUUUUCAUGAGUUUCCAACAAUCUGGCUUGAAAGAGAAUAUUCACUUGUCGGAGGAAACUACUGAAUUGAUCGAAAGUUUGGCUCUUUUGCUUCGUGUUCCUUUGACAUCAUCUCAGUUGUCGAUUUGCGUGGGAUUGCUGCAGAAAGGUGUUUCUCAUCGAAGUCUUGUUGAUGCUAUAACUCGUUAUUCUGGAAAGAUGAAGUCAGUGAUUCCGUUGAAGAAGAAAGUUAAUGAAUCAUUGUCCGCCCUGCAGGAAUUAGUUGAUAAGAAUAAACUCAGCAUUGGGUGCAAAUUGAAUGGCCCUCUUCGAAGCCGAGUAUUAAAUCUGUAUGAAAACGCUAAAAAAGCCUGUGAGAUGGAAGCCACAUGCGUAAGAAAACUUUUGGAGGAUAUCGAAAAGUUACGUAAAAAGAGAUAUGAAUUACAACGCGGUAACCUCGUGGGUCGUGGCGAACUGAUGCAGAUGUUGUCGCAGAAUGCGCGAACUGCUCCGCUCUGGAUUGGACCUCCAGAUACUCAUCCACCCGCAUUAGUUGGUGCAAUUCCAGCACCUGUAUCGAUGUCUUUGAAGGUUGGUAUGGAAGUGGCCGCAUUCAUCGAUGGAAUAUGGAUGCUUGCUGAAGUAACCAGUGUUUUUGCAGCUUCGAAAUAUGAGGUUAAAGAUAUUGAUGAUGAACAAAAAGCUAAAUAUAUUGCUCGAAGAAGUCGUAUGAUUCCAUUACCGCGAUGGCGAGCAGAUCCUAUGCGUGACAGCCAUGCGCUGUUUCCUGUAGGUGCUAUCGUGCUUGCACUUUAUCCUCAAACAACAUGUUUUUACAAGGUAAUUGCUCAAGUAUUAGAUUAUGGGAAGUUCAUUGAAA